UAAACUCGUAGGAGCAGGUGCUCGUACUAGAAACCGUGAUAAUCUCCGAAGAAUCCAUCCGAACAAUAGAAGAAAACGAUCAGCGACAAUAUUAGAAUUGGCAGAGCGAAAAUGGACACCAAGACUGUAAAUAAGACUCAGGACGACGGUUUCCGACCAACAACAGUGGUUGUCAUUCGUCACGGCGAGCGGCUCGAUUACGUGCAGCGUGCACAGGGGAAAAACUGGUGCCAGGCCAAUCCCGAACAACCCUGGAAUCCACCUCUUACGGAUGAGGGAGUGGAAAUGGCCCGGGCAUUAGGAACAGCUCUUAAGGAGAAGAUACUUCCUGAGAUGAGAAUGGCUCCUAUCGCUGCCGUGUACACGUCGCCCUUUCUAAGAUGUCGCCAAACUGCCGCCGGCAUUAUCGGGGGGAUGUCCUCUGUCGUCAUCACCGACGAGAACAACUCGGGUUCGGACGGAAACGGCACGGCGAAGUCUAGUCUGAAAGUAAGGGUGGAGCUCGGUCUUAGUGAAAGCAUGAACGAAAACUGGUUCAGGUCUUGGUCUCUUCCGGGAGCCGAUGGGACAUGGGGAUACAAGAAGGAAGUUCCAUUGAAUCAGUUCGAAGUGGACCCCCGAGCGCUGCAGCCGGCCGAAACGCUUUUGAACUGGAAAGAUAGCACGGCCGAUACGCUUUUGAACUGGAAAGAUAGCACGGCCGAUACGCACCGAGUAUUGGAUGGACUGAUGGACCAAGAAUACCAAUCUCGGACGAGUAUCGGAGGAGACUAUUCUCUGGCAGAGGAUCCACCAAAACUAGAGUCGUUUCRCAUCCAACGCGAUCGCAUGUCAAAAACAAUGAAUUUAUUGGCUGCCAACGAAAGAGGGAGGACAAUUGUUCUGGUCUCGCAUGGAGGUCCGGUGACUCACCUCUACGAAAAUCUGACGGGGAAUUCGUGGCAGGAGCACGGAGUCGCGAAAUAUUGUUCUUUCAGUAUUUAUCAAAACCAACAARAGACGAGCAACGGGGACAGCAGGRCAGGAGGCACCGAAAGCAAAUCAUGGACACCAUUAGUUGUGAAUCGCGUUUUAUGGGAACCCGCCAAGGAUGAUGAUUCCAACAAAGACCCCUCGCGAUAAAGACAACGGAUCAAGAUAGUUCAAGUUCAUAGAAGUUCCUGAAUUGCAACGUGCCAGUCAUCCACCAUCAUAUUAUACCACAUUUUGAGCUAUUCGAGAUAAUUCUAUUUUUCUUUUUUCCUGAUUUUAAAGCAUAUAUUGUCUGUUGUCUCUAUCUUGAGAUAAACAUUCAGGUGCUUUCGAAAUUUCUACUCUGGUAUCCUGACCAAGGUAAGUGGUUUUUCUGUGUCGUAGAAACGAACUUGCUCGGGUCAGCAACAUUCUUUUAGAUAAGAUUCUUGAAAGCCUGAUCCAUCACCAAGCCAUCUGAAGCCUAAAACUCGACAGGCAUCAAGGUGUAGGUCUGCGUCUCAACUACAGAUACGCCAUCGAUCUUCUUGAUCUUUUCCAAAAAGGAUUCCUCGKGUGCAAAACCCGAUUCCUCCCAUUCGCCAAACUUCGAGUCCUCCAGCGCUACGACCACCUUGAAAUCCAGGCACCCGCCGCAAACAACACGCUGCACGCUCUUGACGCCUUUAACGGCCUUGAUCUCGGCUUUGGCUUCGUUGAGGAUUUUUUGGAGUUCGGCGAGACUUUGCUUGUCGUUUUCUGCUGACCAUUUGCAACGCCAUUCACGGGCGAUUGUAUCGAAGUCAACGCCUUCGACGAUCGUUGUCCCCAUGGCUCGUUUUCCUGGGUGUGCUAGGCUUUCUGUUGCUGCCGCCAGUCGUCCUCCCCGGCUAUUUCUCACGGGUGACCAAGCGGCGGAGAGUCUACCAAGAGUAACGUAGCUGCGACGCUUUACUACGGUGACGGUAGAUGGAAGAAACAUGACCGGUGUUACAAAGAGCGAUAUAGGGCUCUUGGUUGUUGUCUUGCGAAGAGGGAGAAGUUAGAGAAAAAAUAAAAUCAUCAAAAGAUUUCAGAUUUCAAUCUACCAAACUCUGAGGUUACGAAUCAAACGAAAUCAGCGAAUCAUGUUUCAAGUUCUGUUCCGUUCUGUUUCGUACGGCAAUGUACGGCGAGCUAUGGAGGCAGUUACGUACAGUACGCACAGUACGAUACGAUACGGUAGCAUUGCAUUGAUCGAACUCAAGAGNCCAGGAUCCUCCCUCCCAAAGACUUUCUUUGCAAAAAACUUGUAAAUAUGAU